AUGAAUGUGACUUCACGAAGUAAAAUAUUACCACUUGUAUCGGUUUUGAUAAGACAAACCUUUUGCCAACCAAUUUUGUCUCGUAAUUUUGUUGCAAGUAGAUCUUUUCAUGGUACACCUAUCAAUUCAGCAAGAUGGCUUCCUUCACUUCCUAAAUUAUGGCCAUUUCAACAAUUUGAAAAACAAGAAAAGAAUAAAGGAUUAAUUGUUGAACAUAAAGAGAUUAAUAAAGGUGAUCCAGGAUAUACUGAAGCGAAGAAAAAAUGUACAGAGCAUAAAUAUUCAACCAUGAAUUUUCGUAUUUCGCCACGUAAACUUAGAUUUUUAGCAAAUCAAAUUGCUGGUAAACCUAUUAAUGAGGCUAUCAAACAAAUGGAAUUCUCGCAUAAGAGAGCAUCAAGAAAGAUCAUGAAUUCUUUGAUAACUGCUAGAGAUCAUGCUUGGAGAUAUAAAAUGAUGGAUGCUGAUAACGUUUAUAUUGAUCAGGCUUUUGUAGGUAAAGGAUUAUACAGAAAAAAACCUAAUUAUGGAGCUCGUGGCAGAUUUAGUUUUUUAAAGAUAAAGAAAGCGCAUAUGAAAUAUGUUUUAAAAGUGAAGAAACCUGAAAUCGAUUUAGGUAUUGGUAACAAACGUACAGCAAAAACAUUUAAAGUAAAGAGAAAAGUUUGGAUGCCACUUAUUGAAAAGAAACCAAUUUACAAUCCAUCGAGAUUUUAUAAUUGGUAA